AUGAACUACGAAAAGCAAAUUUGCAAGCAAGUUCAAGAGCAACCAGCAUACAUUAAGGACGAAAUCCUCCUAAAGAUGCAGCGUGCAUCACUCUGCCGCUAUGACAGAGGACCAAAUAUUCUCCAUUUGAUGCCACAAUUUUACGAAUACAUCAAAACCUUCGAAACAAAGAUUGAUCAGAUCCUCUCUGAGUACUCCACCAUCCAGAAGGCCUCAUUAUUCUACGGUUCUGAUUCUGAAGUUUCAUCUUUAGUUUCAGGCAUGGUUCGUUCAAUUCGUGCCCUCCCACUUAUUGUAAAGCAGGAACCUCACACAUCUCUUCUUAUCAGGCCAUCAAUUCUCCCUGCUCGUACAUGCUACGAUCUCAUUUACCAUUACUUCUGUGAUAAGGAGAUUGAUUUCGGAAAGGAAUUUCUCACAAAACUUGUUGAAGCCUACGGGUUCCAGGAGAAGUGGCAAAUCGAGCCAUACUGCGAUGGCUAUGGCUUAAUCGAUAAGACCAUCGAAAAAGAAACAACUCUUCAGCUUGCCUCUAAGUACGAAAUUCCUCCAGCACCAGAGUCUAUACCAGAAAUCCAGAUGAUUGAGACCCCAGGAGCUCAUACAAUUGAUGACCUCGCCAAUUUCACAAAAUUACCAACAAACCAGCUCAUCAAAGCCGUCAUGUACCAGUACAACGGAAAGCUCGUCUUCUGCAACAUCAGAGGUGACUUAGACGUUUCUGAAGACAAAUUACGUCAUUUCCUUGGUCUUGUUGACUCUUCAACACCACUUGAGCUUGCUCCACAGGAAUUACUCGACAAGCAUGGCUUAGUACCAGGAUUUGCCGGCAUAGUUGGCAUGAAACGCGCUGGAGAAGCAAUUGUUAUCUGCGAUGAGAGCUGCAGAACAGUCCAUUGCGGUGUAACAGGAGCCAAUAAAGUCGAUUAUCACUACACUAACUACAAUAUCCCAAGAGAUACAAAGAAAUUGGCAAAGAAUAUCGUUUACGCUGAUAUUGCACUUAACCCAACAACAGUUAAGGGCGCAAUGAUCGCUGAAGUCGCUCGUUGCACAGCAUUCCCAGCAGAAGUCCUCGGAAACGACUCAAAACCAGUCAAGACACCUUUAUUCAAAUUAACAAUCCGCUUAAUCGAUCUGGCUUACGUCAUGAUACAGGACCAUCCUAUUGAUGGUGUUUAUGUCAUCAAUCUCUUGAAGACUGAAGAUAAACUCAAUAAUGCACUCGCAGAGAUUACAAAGGCUUACGGUAUCACUUCUAUCGUCGUUGAUAACAGACCAAAGGCAAACUUUGGAGCCAAAUCCGACACAGCCAAAUUAUCUUGCCUUAAACACACUGUUUUCGUUUCAAACAAGACAGAAGAUGAUACGGUCAUGGUUGGAGAAACACCAGUUAAGAUUGCAGAACUUGUUGAGUAUUUCCGUACUCAUUAA